GCGCAAAGAGAAGUACUUGCGGUGCGUGGAGGGGCACGCUUCCUCCGACGAAGAGUUAAAUAUAAAACGAGCACACCCUAUCUGUACUCGACGAUGUAGGAUUUACGGAAGAGGAGUCCCAGGCGUGGCUGAGGAACUUCCGUCUUCUAUAGCACAAAAAUGACAGCGACUCUGCGCCCCUACUUAAACGCUGUGAGGGCCACCCUGCAGGCGGCCCUCUGCCUGGAGAACUUCUCCUCUCAGGUGGUGGAGCGUCACAACAAGCCAGAGGUGGAAGUUAGGAGCAGCAAGGAGCUGCUACUGCAGCCUGUGGUGAUCAGCCGUAAUGACAAGGAGAAGGUUCUCAUUGAGGGAUCCAUCAACUCUGUCAGAGUCAGCAUUGCUGUCAAACAGGCUGAUGAGAUUGAGAAGAUCCUUUGCCACAAGUUCAUGCGCUUCAUGAUGAUGAGAGCUGAGAACUUCUUCAUUCUGAGGAGGAAACCGGUAGAGGGAUAUGAUAUUAGUUUCUUGAUUACCAACUUCCACACGGAGCAGAUGUACAAACACAAGCUGGUGGACUUUGUCAUCCACUUCAUGGAGGAGAUCGACAAGGAGAUCAGCGAGAUGAAAUUGUCUGUUAACGCCAGGGCCCGUAUCGUUGCUGAGGAAUUCCUCAAGAACUUCUGAUGACAGUGUUUGUCCAUGGUCCCACACAAACCGGGGAACGCUCCCAAGGACCAAUCAGCACAGGAGUGGAGAAGUAAACAGCCAAUCAGCGAGGAGAUGAGAGGAACAUGACCAAUCUGGCGAUGACAUCCGUCGUGCCCGUCUUGAGUAUUUCCCUGUACUCAUGAAUAUCAAUGAUUGUAUAUAAUGAAAUAUUUACCAGUUUCAUUUUCAGCCACUUAGAACAAAUCCCCAAACAAAGGCGGGUCCUUAAAGUAUUACUUAAGUUGAUAGCCAUGAGUACAGGGGUAUUGAGAACGUUCCAUUGCAAAUAAAAGGGCCAGGUUUUUGUAUUUUGUGUAUGUGAGUCUGUAUGUUCUGUUACCAUUAUUUCAAACUAAAUUUCCAAAUUUCUCUGUUCAGGAAACCCAUGUUUGAGGAAAGUAGUCUGUGUGGUAUUUAAUCACAUGGAGUAAGAGCUGUCUGUAAAGAAGCCACCAAUCCCACAUAUGAAAAUUAUCAAAGAAAAUAAAAUUCACUUGUUUAUA